GAUGUUGAAAAUGAUCUUCGAUCAGACAUCAGUUGAACACUGCAAGACAUACACAGAGAAGCAGGAAGACUGCAGCUUCUUCUUAAUAGCUGUUCGCCUGGCUUCACUGAACCAGAUCUUGGAUCCUUGGGUUUAUCUGCUGUUAAGAAAGAUCCUUCUUCGAAAGUUUUGCCAGAUCGGGCGCCACACAAACAACUACGCACCCAGCUCCACCUCCUUACCCCACCAGUGUUCCUCAAUCCUGAUGUGCAGUGACCAUUUGGAAAGAUAAUGAAAGGACGGAGUUGGACAUUUUGUUGCAAUUUCUUCUUCACUGAGAUUGCAUAUUUCUUCUCACCCGAGAAGGAGAAUUUUAUAUUUUGAUUUGAAUUGUUUCUUCGUUUUUAUCUUAUUUUUUAUUUUAUUGAUUUUUGUCAGUAAUACUCACUGAGAUCAGGUUUAUUAUUAAUCCAUGCCUCUGAAUAUUAAACUGGCUUCUUGGAUGGGAUUUUGAAUAUGCAUUUAAGAAGUUGGGCAAGAUUUCACAGAUGAUGUUUGGUGGAAGAAGUGAGAAAAAGAAAGACUCGUGGUCCAGGAGUUUCUCCAACUUCAAACCUUUACCUGAAUCAUAACCAAUGUUGACAUCUUUACAUUUUAUGAUUGUUUUGAUUUUACAAUGAGUUUGAAAAAUCAAUAUAAGUUUUUGACAGUGAAAAGUCAACUUAUUAAAGCAAGAAUUCAAUUAAUAGGAUAUGAGCUUAAUAAGAACAAGGCAAAGAGGUACCAUGACAAAGAAUAUUUAUGCCAAAUGUCAUUUAUGUGAUUAAU